AUGGAAAGCUACCAUCCUUCCCCCGGAAUCCAGGCAACUCCGGGUCAACAGAAUGCCUGUACAACUGACCAUAAGCCGCCAAGAGGUGCUUCCUCAGGAAGGCUUGUGCAACCACGAAGACCCAUGGGUGGAAGUUUUGCACACAUCCUGCUCCUCCUGAGUCUUAUGCUUGGAGCCCAAGCCACGAACAGUGAAGUUGCUGAUUGCAUUCCCUUCGGAAAGGCCACGCAGCAGUGCAAUUUUGUUGGAACCUCCCGAAAGCCACUGGGUCUCCCCCAAGCUGAUUGGGCAAUGCCUGGCACCAGUUUUGCCGAAGUCAGGCCAGUUGACCAUUCACCGUAUCAUGCAGGCCAAAGUGGCAGAUGGGCCGUGAGUAUCCCCCCAGAAAACCAAGUGAACACCCAACCAUGGGAUGAUAUAUCAUUCAUGGCCGUUGGUAGUCGCCACAGGUUAACACCAGCACCACCCGUUGCGGUUUUUGAUAAUCCUGCAGCUGCCAUUGAUCCUGACGAAGAAGAGUUCCCAGACACCACCACUGCAGAGUCAGAGGACUCUGAUAGUGAGGAUCCAAAUUGGCAGUUGUCUGCACUAUUUGCCACGAAUGGGCAGGUAGCACAAAUCCAGGUUAACCUUGUGAGCCAUGCCCUACAACGACAUCAAAUCGCCCAGGCCUUGGGUUGGAACGAUGCUGAGAUUGUCAACAUCCACCAAGUAAGGGUACGACCGAAAGAUCUUGUGGAACAACGCGUGCAUGUGAGACUCAUCCAACACACCAGAGACCCGCCGAGUCACUCUGACAUGAGAUUAGUGCUUUUGGACAUCACCCUACACCCGCCAGCUCCACGAAGAGAUGCGCAGUACUUCAGGGUCGCAUGUACCGUCAUGGAACAGAUAACCAUCCAGCAACUCUUGACUGUGCUCAGACUCCGGAAUUUCUGCGCAUACACACGACUCCCAUGCCUUGCCUGGAGAAAUGAAGUGUACUGGAGCCUCCACUCAGACGAGGUUGUUUCCUUGGUCUCAGGUGACUAUUUGCGGCUCGAGAUUGCGCCCCCCAAUGAUGAACAGGGAUGCUGUGACACACGUUGUCUGAUCACAAUGAUGGAAGAAGGAUAUGACCCUGAGCAUGGGAUAAUCUACCAAACCAUCGUGGAUGAAAUCUACUGGUGGAGGAUCCCAAGUCGAGUCUUGCGUAUUCACCAGCCCAUUGAAGGCGAUGAGACAGCCAUGCUCCAGUUAACUGCCCAUUUCCUUUCCCCAAAGCACACCCACAGCUCAGACCAGCCUGCCAAGGGGCGUCAGGAAAAUGUACAAGCCACUGCACCCAAGCCAUUAACCAGUGUGCCGAUUGUGACCCGACGAUGCCCCGGAAUCCAGGCAACUCCGGGUAACCAGAAUGCCUUGGACACUCCAACAAAGGGAGGAUCUGUUCCUGACCCCCAUCCUCCCGUCCCGACAGAAAGAGUUGGUGAAGCAACUAACCCAGGCCCGAUCAUAGGAACCACCAAUCCUUGCGGUGCACUGGGAAAGGCGUCCAUGUUUGAUAAUCUGCCGGGUGAAGACCCUGAGCCUCGGAUCUGGGGGAUUGCGGAAACUCACCUUACUUCUGUAGGCCUGACCCGAUUUCGACAAGAACUCAAACACCAGCAGACGUCCUGGCGAGUCAUUCAUGGAGCACCUGCUGAGCCAGUCAGCCAAAGUAUUGGAGCCAUUGGAGGUAGGCACACAGGGGUUGCCGUCUUGUCUAAUAGCCCAAUCAGAGCCUUGGCCACUAGCUGGGAUGACCAAGCCUGGAAGACCAGCCGCAUUUGUGCGUGUGCUAUCCACGUUCAGUCCCAGUGGAUAAAAAUGGGGUGUUUCUACGGUUUUGCCAGGGACGCGCAUACGAGGGCCACAAAAGACAAAACAGACAGCCUUCUGCAGCACCUCACCGACAGAAUCGUGCUACAGGCCAGGGGAUACAGAGUAAUUGUUGGUGAUUUCAACGCACUCACCAGCGACCUCCCUCAAUUUGCCCUUUGGGAAAAGUACGGAUUCCGAGAGCUCCAAGAAAUUGCAGCCACAAGGUGGAAUCGACCCAUUGCAAAUACCUGCAAAGGUAACUCAGUCAAAGAUCAUGUAUGGGUCUCACCUGAGCUGGCAGACAAAUUGCUUGAGGUCCACACCUGCGAUUCGUACUUCCCAGAUCAUGCCAUUGUUUAUGGUAAGUUUGCCGACUUCACCCCCCCGAUUCCUGUCAACAUUUGGUAUAAGCCGCACCCGAUCCCGUGGGAAUCCAUCCCUGCUGACCAUGCCUGGCCAGAGUGUCUCCCAGUUGGACAGACAGUCCCUGAUGUCUUCCGCAUCUUAGAGGAUGAGCAUGAAUACCAGAUCCAAUACAUGGGGGAGAGCUUCCAGCAUACCUUGUGGACCCGGCAGCUUAGGCGUUUGCAGAGCUAUGUCAAACUUGUGACCAAAGAGCGGGAACAAAUUGCAUCCAUCCAUCACAGAGAAACACUAUGGCAGAGCAUCCGAAGUGCAACCGGAUUUCCUGGUGGUUUCCCAAAGAUGUGGAUCAACCGCUCGUUCAUACUUCCGGGCGCCCCUGUUCAUCUGCCUAAGCACCCGCCAGCACACGCAGAGGGUCUUGCCAUCUUCACCGCCUUCAAGUUAGAAUUUCAGGCACUGGAAAAGGCACUGAUUGCAAAGCGAUCCCAGGCGGCCAAAGCCCGACGACUGGAUGACCCCAAUGUCAUCUAUGCAGAUGUAGGUAAGGGACGUGCCCUACCGGUCCAGUCGGUAGUGACCCAAACCCAUGCUGAAGUCGUUGAAGUGAGUGAGGAUGGCAUGACGUUGACAUAUUGCCCAGCCCAGUUUGACACAGAACAAGAAGUCUGCUGCGCCAAUGGAUGGCUGCGAAUCCAACAGCAUACACCGGGAAGCAUCAUUCUGGGAGCCGAACACUCCCUUGAGGUUGGUGAUACCCUCCAUCAAGACAAAAUGAAGGGAACACCGCAAGAAGUCUUCAAAGCCUUCGAGGACCUAUGGAACCCUAUGUGGAACCGACAUGUUGAGGACCCACCGACAAGAUGGGAUGGGUUUGUCCACCAGCUCCUGGAUACACCUGCUGUUGCCACCCCCAUGGCAUUGCAACCAAUCACAGGUGAAUCCUGGAGAACAGCAGUGAAGCAGAAGAAAGCCCGUACCUCUACGGGACCUGAUGGAGUCAGCCGCACUGACCUCCUGCGCAUGCCACCCAAGCUCACCGAACAGCUGGUCCAACACAUCCAGGCCUUUGAGCAAGGGGUCCAACAGUGGCCACAAGAAACAUUGGUCGGCCACAUCACAGCAGUGGAGAAAAAGGAAGGGGCAUCCAGCCCGGCUGAUUUCCGCCCAAUCACGGUGUUAACGCUCCCUUAUCGAACAUGGGCAUCAAUCCGAGCCAAGGAAUGCCUUCGCUUCCUGGACCUUUGGGCAGACGAAGGCCUGCGAGGCAACCGGCCGGAGCAGAGCACUUCUACCAUAUGGUGGCAGAUUUCCCAGGAGAUUGAAGCCUCCGUCUUUGCAGGAGCAACACUGUCCGGGUUUGUUACUGAUGUUUGCAAGUGCUUCAACACGCUUCCAAGGCCAGUCGUUUUUGCAUGUGCACUCCACUAUGGCCUGCCCAAAACCUUUGUCAAGGCUUGGCAUGACGCAGUUGCACGCAUACAGAGGCACUUCAUUGUUGCUGGAACUUGCUCGGGCCCCAACCUAGCUUGUACAGGAUACCCGGAGGGCGACCCACUGAGUGUAGUCGCUAUGGCACUGCUCAACAUGGCCAUGCACCACAUUGUCGCAAAACAGGCAAUGCCAUCCUCCAUCAUCAGUUUUGUCGACAAUUGGGAGUGUAAGUCCACAGAUGUUCAUGCCACCUGCCGUGCCUAUGCGGCCAUGGAGGAUUUUGCCAAUAUGGUUGACAUUCGACUUGACCACAAGAAAACCCAUUUCUGGCCGGUCACAGCCGAUGACCGUAAAACCAUUGUCAGGCGUGGCCACCGGAUCAGUCACCACUGCGCAGACCUGGGAGGGCACCUCAAUUACACCAGGCGCUUCACCAACUACACCAUCCGUAGUAGGAUUGCAAAGGCCAAGGUUUUUUGGGGGCUCCUCUAUCGAAGUACCUCCCCAUUUGCACAAAAACUGAGAGCCAUCUGCACUGUUGCCUGGCCGAGAAGCCUCCAUGGAGCCUCUAAUGUUGGACUCGGUGAUGAACAUGUCGGGAAACUCCGCACCUCCAUGAUGAACGCAAUGAGAUGGAACAAGAAGGGAGCCUCUCCGCUGCUCCAAGCGCUCCUCUUGCCACCCAGAUGUGACCCGGGAUUUUACAUCCUCAUGGAUACAUUCCUCAUGUUCAGGAACGCAUGUGUGCCUGACCUCAUGUUCCCAGUCCUAACAGGGUUGACCCUCGCCCCACCGAAGCAUUUUGACCCUGGACCUGGCGGAGUUUUCCUAUCCAGGAUGCACCAACUCAAUUGGAGGUGGGAUCACAAUGGAUAUAUCCUUGAUCAUGAGGGACUGAGGUGGCAUAUCCUUGAUUGCCCCAUCCAGCUUCUGAAGUCACGCCUUCAACAUGCAUGGGGUGCGAUGAUAGGUGCCUUGAUGUGCAACCGAAAGGAGUUUGAAGGUUUAAGCCGAGUGGAUCUCCCGACCACCAAAUCGACAGCUCAGAACUUCUCCCCUGACGGAGCUGGCCUGCUCCGAACGAGCAUGAACGGCACAUUUUAUACCCGCAAUAAGCAGAUACAUGCAGGCAAAGUGCCAAGCAAAAUUUGUCCCUUUUGCGAGGCAGAGGACUCAGUUGAACACCGCAUCUGGGCAUGCCAAGGGUUUUCAGAUCUCCGCGCCAUCCCACCCCCGGAGGCACUGGCCACCAUCCAAACCAUGCCACCUUGUACGAGGCUUCAUGGAUGGUUCGUCGAAGAUGAAUGUGACCGUGAUUUUCGAGCUGCCCUCAUGGAGAUACCAAACACAACUGGACAGUUGUUCCUGGAAAAGCCAGUGCAACCACAUCUCCAUCUUUUCGUUGAUGGGUCCUGCACAGAACCGACGCGACCGUCCAUGCGUGUCGCUACAUGGGGAGUUUCUUUGGCAAACCUGCCCGAUUUUACCUUCAAGCCAGUUGCAUCAGGCGGAGUUGUCGGACUGUAUCAGACGGCACUGCGUGGAGAGAUUACCGCAGCUAUCGCCGCCUUUCGGUUCGGCCUUUUUGCCAAACAACAGUUCAGCAUAUGGACGGAUAACUCCAUUGUCCACAAACGACUGAGAUCCUUCCUGCGUGCUGAUGCAAAGCCUCCCAAAGCCAAGCAUAAUGACCACGACCUGUGGAAUGAGCUUUUCAGACUUGUGCAGACGGCCAAAGACAGCCGCCUUAUCCAACACGUGGUGAAAGUCACCUCCCACCAGACGCAAGAAUUUUCCGAAACAAUCGAAGAUUGGGCCCGUAGAGGGAAUGACCAUGCAGACCGAAUUGCAGGUAUGGCCCUGCACCAGUUGCCAACGAAGUUGCAAUGCUGCAGGACACGCUUACGAUCCUCCAUGGAUAAGCGACAGGUUGCAUGCCAGCACUUCCACCAGAUGCUGGUCAAUUUUGGGCUUCGAUGUGUUGAAAGUAAGAGUGAGGUAGAGAAGGGUGAUGAGAAGAGAUGGGAAACCUCCCAGAAGAAACAGGACGAAGAGAUGGUUGAACUCAGUCUCCUUGGGUUUGAGAGUGCCACGCAACCACCUCCGUGCGUUAGAUUUGGGGACUCCAUUGACUUGCUCCAUCCCUGGCUCCGAAAACUCAUUACUGCCGAGGACGCGAUUCCCAUGUGGCUCUGCUCGUACCAGCUCCUUGCCCAUUACCAAGGUUCCACCAAACGCUUUGGGUUUUGGUAUGAUGCUGCUGCAAAACGUUGGGGUGUUGCUGAUGAGGUGAUCCACACAAAGCAGUUUGAUUACCUCCGUCUGGCUGCCUGGUUACAGGCCUUGAUCAAGGACUACGCCUCUGCGUUGCAAGUGCCCGUGAAGGCCACGCCGAGGCUACCUUGGGGUUCAACCUUCAAGGCAUACCAGCGUUGCAUCUUCAUCAACGCAUCCCCCAGUGAAAUGACGCGCAUCGAUGCUGCAUUCCGGAGGGCUGGCUUCGCAAAUAUCAAGAAAGUUCGACCGGCGCUGACCAAGCUGGACGACAUGAAGGACGAAAAUCCAAGCGGCCGAGAGGUAGCGGUUCAGAGAGCCGUGCUGCAGGGCAUGAAUGACAUCAAGCCUCUCCAGGACUUCGCAAAGGAAAACGGCGUACCGGACGAGGAGCAGUGCACCUUUGCAAAGGAGGUCAUUGUGUCCGUGUGCAUGAAGGACAUGUGGCGGCAACUUCUCAGUCUGCCACCCUGGGACCCGACAGGCGACAUGAAGACAGACGAGAUUCGAGAGGCGCCAAAAAUCAUGGGACGCUGUUUCUGUUAA